AUUUCUAUACCACAAGUGGUAACCCCGAGCUACGCUCGGGCUUACCAUGCGGCGCUGCUCUGGGGGUCCCUGCAGCACUUACCUUGUCCUUCGUUCCCACGAUGUGUCCCCUGCAGCGUCCCCGGCCAUCUCCUCCGGCCAAUGCCGGCAUCCGGCUUCUGUGUUCCGGUCCCCGUGACGUCGGGACGUACGGGCGCCGCCGGCGGCGGGAAAUUUAAAAAAUUUAAAAAAUGUCUUUUUUUUUUUUUUUUCAAUCUUAAAUAUGCUUUGUCCUGUGCCCUGCCUGCAUUUUGUCUGUUCUUUCUG